GUUUUCAUAAAAAUCCCAGUCGAAGAUCGAGAUUUGGAUGGCGUAUUUAACUUUCCCUGCCAAUCUUCAUGGAAUGGCUGUGCCGUUGUUUUGACGCAUGGCGCCGGCGGAGAUAUGAACUACCUUCAUGUGGAGAAACUUGCUGCUCACCUUGCAAGCACUGGAAUUCUCUGCUUGAGGUUUACUUGCCGAACAAGAAAUUUCCAGUAUAGGAAGGAAUGCUUUACUGCAGUUGUGGUAAGCUGUAAUGAAAUAAGGUCUAUGUUUCUACCUUUCGUGUUUUGGCUGUCUAGACGCUGGGGGGCAGGGAUGGGUGAGAAAAUGGGGGGACUGUAAAUUUUAGCCACUACAAAGAGGGGGAUCCUGAGGUAGAUUAUUUGUUAUUGAGCGGGGCUUUGAAAUUUGAAAGAGGCAGAGUCUUAAAUAAAUAGGAACAAGAUAUUUUAGUAUACUAAUAACUGAGUUGGGUACCCCGGGUUUUAUGGCUUGGAGCCUUUGGGAUCCCUAUGAUUCUUCUUAGAGUACAGUCUAGCACAGUAUUGUGGUGCAAUCAAGGAGUAUGAUUUAUAAUUACAAAGGAUGAGGAUGAAGUUAGAGUGGAGUUUGGCAGCUUGGGUGAAACGUCCAAGGACGAGCUAGCUCUUAUGACCACCACACGCAGUGGUGGAGUGGCAGGCUCCUGGAAAACGGAAAAUCACAUGAGAGCCACUGGAGGCCCACAUAAAUGGAGCUUAAGCUGCUUUCUGUAUCAUGAUUCGAGCAACUGACAUAUUGCUACUGCUCCUAGGAGGGAAAAUCACCACUAUUCAUUUGCUCUACCCAGUGGAAAGACACUGAGGGAAAAGUUUCUUUUCUUUAUAAAACAAACAAGAUAUUAAACACCAUGGUUUUGGUGUGGCUUCAAGCCAGUAACAUGUAGAUCUGAAGUCCAAUAUGCAAUUAAACCGCUACAUCACUGCGUCCUCAGAAAUAAUGGUAUGCUUACAUACAGUAAAACUGUUUAGUGUGUGUGUGUGUGUGAAAGUGGGGGCGGGGGGAGUAUUGAAAUGCUCAUCUAAUAGAAUAGGGGGGACCCUGGGAGGGACCUGAAAAAUCCAGUUUUGGUAGAUGGGGGGGGGGGGUCAUGGAGAAAAAAUUAAGAAUUGUUAAUUUCUCACCCAUUACCCGCUCCCUCCUACAAAUAAUGAACAGUCUCUUAUUAAGCAGAAUUGAAGCUUAUUAUGGUGGAUUAGUGUUGUGAAAUCCAUUUGUAUUGUAAUACAUGAACUGUUACUAAGAAAAGAUAUGUGUAAAGAGGAGGAAAGAGGAAUGUAGAAGUGCCCUGUCGUGUUCAAGUGUGUUUUUGUUGCAAAGUCAAAACGAAAUUGAAGUUGUUAAACUUCAAAGUCAAAUCACUUUUCAUUUCUCCCCACCCGGAGAGCUUCAGCAUUAACUAAACUAUUCCUACCAAUUCUCGUGCCUUAGGUGUGAGUUUCACUUCUGUGGAUCAAUAACUUUGAAGGCCUCUGGACCCAUUACUCACAUACAGGCUUAGAAUGUAAAAUAAACUAUUAGUGGUUUAUUUUACAUUUUAAGCCUGUAUUUGAGUAUAAGGCUAAUUUUUUUGACAAGUUGAAAAAUUUGUGUGGACACUUUGUUCACACAGGACUAUUCAAUAUUUUUUUUCUGUUCCUAUGGAACUUGAAACAGCUAGGUGUCUAAAUUUUUGUAUGUUUAAGGCGGUUCUGUGUGAAAAGAACACCAGCCUAUAGUUGUAGCACAAUUUUUCAACUGUUCGAUAAUUUGUCUGGUUCUGUGUGAACGUAGCGGAAGAACCAAUGUAAGAAAGAAGGUCAAAGGGAAUGAUCAUACUUUCUGCAAAAUCUUUGGGUUAAGAGAAGACUGCAAGGGGUAUAUAGUUAACGUCACAGAAAGUGUGGCAUACCAGGUUAUAUUUGUGAGUUGUUUGAGUCAAAACCCAAACGAGCAAGGUAUGAGUGCACGAGGGCUUUUGACACAAACAAUGAGUGAAGAGAACCCCGUACAAAGCACUUUCUAUGAUGUGAACUGUUUGCUACACAUAGCAUGAGAAUUUUCACUGGAAUAGUCUUCUUAAUGUAACGCAUAUUACUUAAAGCAAAUCACAAAUAGUAGAACCAAAAACAAAAUGUACUAACAAAAGUUAAAUCUACAAAGUAAGUCACCAACGACAGACCUCAGCGAUGUGGGCUUGUAUUAGCGUUCUCCAUCUUUCCUUCGAACUUGAAGUAGAAAAUUGGUGAUUAACACAUCAAGGUCUCUUGCAUCAAUAUUUUCCAACUCUCUCGGCUCGUUCCUUGAAACAUACUAAAAGCUUUUUCAACAAAGAAACAUCUCUCUGUGUUUUGCUUAAUGUGUUCUUGUUUUCUUGAUGCUACACAACCUCUUCUAAGGAGCAACCAACUGACACAAACCUGUUAUAAUUUUCCCUCGUGUCCACCAUUUUCUGAAGAAAAAUUUGGAGGUGCCGCUAAAAAGCCGCCAAAUUUGGAAUUAAGCCAUUUGAAUGAAAACAAUGAACGACUCUGAUUGAAUCAGAAAGGCAUUUAAGUUGUUGUUGAUUGGUUAUACUUCCACAUGUGAAAACAGCUGUACGCCAUUCUAACUGGCCUUGUAAGCUUUCCUCACUUUUGAAAAUAAAGCGAUAGAUUUCUACAAUUGAAGCUUUACAAAAUAAAAUUCUCAUGAUACAUGUAAUAAAAACAUUUUCUUGAGAACUUCAGAACUCUUCGGAAUGUUUUUGGAAAUAUUCGUAAGGUCUUUGGAAAUCAUCUGUUGCUUUAAGAUAUGAUCCGUUCCCCUACAAAAACCUUGGCACUCUCCCAGAAAUAAGUCUCAUAUUUAUGACUCUCAAAAGGUUGGCAGGUAAACUAAACUAUGUCGAAAUUGAUUCUGACAAUGUUUAUCUUUUUUGCUCACUCUUUUAUCACUGAGGAUAAUAAUAAGAAACUACUGUCUUGAAUCUGAGGAGCCGUAUUGGGCCACCUAUUCUUGGCAACCAUAAUCCCCUUGCAUUUUGUGGUCCAUGUUUAAGGCGUUAUGUUAGAGCAAUAUUUUAUUUUCUUUGACCUGCAGGAAUUCCUAAGAAAUUUUGAAGAAUUUCCAGUAAGGGUGUGUGUCAUAGCAGGUACUUCUCAUCAUGAUUCUGAUCGUAAAUCGUAUUCAAAUACCAAUGAUAAAUUACAAUCCUCAGAGCACGGCAGAACUCAAAGCAGAGGUAUUUUUAGCCAAGCACGCCGUGUGCAAACUAAACUGUGUUAUUGCGUAUAACAAGCUAGCUUCAAAGUGUCAGCAUUUUGUGAAUUGGUGUUUAGCUGUGUGCAAUGUUAGUAUUUUGGUGUGGACAAUUUGGUGGCAAAACUUGUGCCUUCACUUACCGAUUGCUCUGCAGAUUGGGGUAAACUCCUACACUCGUUAGUGUGAGUUGGUUUUUUUUGUGGUCUAUGGUCUUAACAAUAAUUGUGUUAAAGUUUUAGUUAUUGCCCCCAAAGGUUGGAUUUCGAAGGCAUGAUCUUUGCUGGGCUAGUUCACAGAGAAAGAAAAAAGAGAGAAAGGCUCACUUCCCAACAACCAAGUCAUAAAUCGUAUGGAGAUUGUUUAAUACCUUUAAAGGUUGUCCUUAUUAAAAACAUGUAACAUAAAGUAAUAUGGUCCUAAUAUUAUCAUUGAAGGUCGUUCAAUGGGUGCACGGGCUGCAGCAGAAGUGGUAUCAAACAGCAGCCUUACAACAGACUUUGUUUAUGGUGUAGCUUGUUUGUCAUACCCUCUUCAUACACCAAGAAAAACUUCAGAGCUUCGAGUAUCACCCCUUCUCCAUGUUGGUGUGCCUGUGCUGUUCAUUAAUGGUAGAAAAGAUCCAUUUUGUAGGGCAGAUUUAAUGGAGAAUACUGCUCUGAAUAGAAUGGCAAAUGAUUGGACUAUGCAUUGGGUGGAUAGUGCUGAUCAUGAGCUUAAGGUGAAUGGCAAAGUUAACAACGAAAUCAUCUCCAAUAUGUGUGAGUGGUUUGUACAAUGGUGCCAGUCUGUAUUCAUGGCAGAACGAUCAUGA